CCCGCGGGGCGGGGGCAGUAGAGCGGGUUGCCGGGAAGGUGGAAGUGCGGGGGCUUCCGGUCGGCGUGAGCAGCGUGCAGUGUCUGAGUUCCUGCGUCUUAGCUUUCCAGCUAAAAUAUGGCUAAAAGUUUACGGAGUAAGUGGAAAAGGAAGAUGCGUGCUGAAAAGAGAAAAAAGAAUGCCCCAAAGGAGCUCAGCAGACUUAAAAGUAUUCUUAAAGUAGAUGGUGAUGUUUUAAUGAAAGACGUUCAAGAGAUAGCAACUGUGGUGGAACCCAACCAUUGUCAAGAGAAAACGCAAUGUGUGGUGAAAGAUGAAACAGAUGACAUGAAAAUGGAGACUGAUAUUAAGAGAAACAAAAAGACUCUUCUAGACCAGCAUGGGCAGUACCCCGUAUGGAUGAACCAGAGGCAAAGAAAAAGGCUGAAAGCAAAGCGAGAGAAAAAGAAAGGAAAAAGCAAAGCAAAAGCCAUCAAGGCAGCAAAGGGUUUGACCUGGUAGACCCUUAAAAACUUGAAAAAUGCCGCAUGGGACAGGUCUUUGAUUAGAAUGUAUACAUUGAUUUCAGCUUCCACCAAAUGGAAACUUUGUUUCCAUUUUUUAACUUGGCCUUUUUCUUCAAUUCAAGCCCAAUGUAACUCCUCAAAUUUGUCUUGGUAACUUGAAUAAAAUAUUUUCUUUGAUGAAUGAAA